ACAUUCCUUUAAUGUUGUUCAUUAAACUUUUGGCUAGAGAUAGUUUGCUUCACUCAACCUCAUCUUGUCAUGUAAAUCCACAGAAGAGAGUUGUCUUGGGUGCCUCAAAGGUCAGAGUCUCUUCUCACUUGAGACUAACAACGGGAUUUGAACAGGGCCUGGCAUAAGGAACCUUCAUGAGCCAGAAAGAAAAGAGAAAAGACCAUAGGAAAUCUCAGCAUUAAGUGAACUGGUAAAGAUCAGGUGAAUGCAUAGCAUCUGGAACUGGAGUGGAGGAGAAACUGACAUUUAAAGGACCUAGACCAUUUCUUUUGGACAUCGUUUUUACCAAUUUUAUUUUAAAUUUGGAGCUAUUACUUCUGAUAUGUCCUCGCCUUGGUUCUAAGUUACUGUCCUCCAAACUGCAGCCUGAGUCCAAUGUGUGAUCCCAACUCUGGGAAAGGAAAAGAAAGAAUAUUGACUCAUAUCCGAGUGUAAAUUUCACAUGGCAGAUUUGUUGGAAUUCAAUUUAUGACAUUAAAAGAGACAAGAGCAAAACAUCCAUAAGAAAGAGAGGGUAUCCCCCUCUUCUGGUUCUGUGAGCGUUCAACAUCCUGUAGCAGAUCUCCUGUGGACCCUGGGAUGACAGCUGAUCUACUGAGCUUCCUGCUGUUGCUGAUCUUCUCCCUGCUGAGGCUGACGAGAGAGGACAGAAGCGACUUCGUCUGUACAAAGUGCAAGCUGGUCUCCAUAUUAGAAGAGACGGUUAAAGGGCAAGACACCCAAGUAUCAAUCCUGCAUUGCCACAGAGAGGAUGAAGACUUUCUGGAUAGAAGUCAGCAUUUGGUACUGCAGGCACAGCAUGCUGAAGAAUCAGCAUGUGACCUCAAGAAGAAGAAAGAGGAGAACCAUGUACCCCCAAUGCAGACAGAGGCUGUGUCCCACAUUCUCAUGGAUAUAGCACCAGAUUCCUUUGAUGACCAGUACCAGGGUUGCCGUGAGCAGGUAAUGGAAGAACUGAACCGAGGAGACUAUUUCCAAAAGGAAUUGGGUAAUAAUAAGAACUAUUCCAGCAUCUGGGAGAAAGCAAAGCUGGACUGGUCAAAAAAGCCAAUGGCUCUGCUAAGGGAGAUGCAGGAGAAUCAUGCCGUAGCGCUCCUGGCUUACACCAUGAACACCUCGCUGCACUCUGAUUUGAACUGGGCUGUGUCCAGAGCUGGGACAUCCCCAGAGCACUACAGACACAACUUCCCCUUCAAAUACCUCCACUUCUAUCUGACUACAGCCAUUCAACUGGUGAGGAGAUGGCAGAGUGGCACCACAAGAAAAAAGUGCUACCAGGUGCACCGGGGGGUAAAAGGCCUGUAUUUUGAGGCUGAGUUGGGCACCAAAGUGCGGUUUGGCCGCUUCACCUCCACUUCACUCCUCCGGAAGGAAGCCCGGAGAUUUGGGAAUGAAACAAUAUUCACUCUGAAGACUUGCUUAGGGGCAGUUGUGCAACGCUUCUCCCACUACUUCUCUGAGAGGGAGGUCCUCAUUCCACCCUAUGAGAUAUUCCAGGUCAGAAACUUCAGUCGAACACCAAGUGGUAACCGGCUUUAUCUGCUCUCUGUGGGAAAUUACAGUCAAUACAACUGCCAGCUCCUGAAAGCUUCAAGCAGCAAGAACUGUAUCCACAUUCCUCCAAUUGCUGCCUUUCUUUCUUGUGUGAUCAGUGCUUUCUUCUACUCCACCAGGCAAUGACUCUUUCCCUGGUCACAGAAGGAUUCAUGUGCUGCAUAGAAAGGAAUGAGUGACGGAGCAAGGGAUUUACAGCUAACCAGCCACAGAGGUUACUGAUGCUGCAAGGUGCUGAACACCUCCUGCGAUUUUACCUCUAACUCCCCCUGACUUCAAUGAGUUAAGGGUGCUCAGAAUUUCAAAGGAAGUGUUUAAUCCCUUGCAAAAUCAAGCCCCCAGGUGUACAUUCAAAAUAGGGUUGUAAAUAGGGUUUAAAAAUAAUAACUGUUUAACCUAUUAAAAUUCUAUUGGUUAAACUGUUAACCAUUAAGGAGUUCACAUAGGCAGGGAACUAGGGGUGGGGUGGGGGUGCUGCAGCACCCCCACAUUUUAUCCAGGGCUCCACUGCUGUCUGCACCAGUAAUCCUGGCUGCAGGCUUGGGUGCAGAGCUCUGCUGCCUCCCCGUGCCCAGGUUCCUUGCCCCAGGUCUGGGGUCCUGGCCACCUCCCUGGGCCUGGCAUCCUGGCUGCUGGAAUGCCGGUCUUGGGACAAGCAUGCCACUGCCACCUGCCCAGCACCUGUGGUCCUGGCUGCUGCCCCAUGCCCGAUACUCCACUGCCUCUCCAUGCCCAGGGUCCCAGCUGCUGGCUCCGUGCCUGGGAUUCCAGGACCCUGGGCACAUUGCUGGGAGUUGGGACCCUGGGCGUGGAGGGCUGAGGAGUUUAAUCGUUAACUGAAACCAAUAAGACUGUACUUAUCGGUUAACCGGUUAACCAGUUAAACUUUUACAACCCUAAUUCAAAGUAGGAAGAUAAUGGGUCUGUGUGCUUAAGGAAGAGCAUGGCAGAGACUCCAGUCAAUUUAGGUACCUAGUCUGCAAGGCUUUGAAUACAACCAUACAGUAGGAACUCUUGAACUACUAUUUGUAUUAGCAUUUCUUUUGCAGGUCUCAGUAGGUUCUCUUGAGUUAGUAGUAAGAGCACCCUCUGGUGGACAAUAAGAAAACACCUGCAAAUUCUUAUGAAGGUUAAUUUGAAAUUGUAGAGCCGAUUGGGUUGUGUCCAUUUUAAAGAGAGGUUGAUGUUAUUAAACACAUAUAUAGUUCUAUU